CAUCCACAAUGUCAGGCGGUUUCUUCGGUUUCGACUCUGCUCUUCCUGAACGUAGAAAUGAUUCAUCUUCACAAUCCAAACCUCCCUUCCCAGGAUUUCAAGCUGAUCACGUCGAUCAAGCCUUUGGUAUCGGUCAAGGCGCGGAAGAAGAUGUAGCGGUUUAUACCUGGGGACAAGGCUUGGACGACGCGUUACGUGACGCUCAUGAUGAUUUCAACCAUGAGACUUUUGGUGUUGAUCCGAGAGGUUUGGGUACAGACUUUCAAUUCGCAGCACCCAAACAAACUGCAGCUCCAAGCAAGACUUCAGGUAAACCAAGGGGACCUAUAGCAUCAACUCAAUCGAGAUACAAGCCGAAACCUGUCGCUGAUCCUUUUGCUAUGUCAGAGGAUGACUUUUAUUCUUCUCGUGUUACAAAAUCAGUCCCUAAGAAGCCAGUGGACACAAAGGCUAAACCCUCCAAGCUCUCAGCCGCCGCUGGAGGGAGUUUGUGGAAUAAGCCAAAUGUUGCUCCUAGUCAACUUUGGGGAACGCAACCGACAUCAGUCGCCAGACCGGAAGCAGUGGCUCCUCCAGGACAAAUUGCCCCUCAAACGUUCCAACGCCCCGUGGGACAUAUCAAGACCCUUGAGGAGAUUGAAGCGGAGAUGGCAGGCAUAGAUCUUGAACCAUUCACACACCAACCUCAACCCCCGCAGCAACCUAGGAUUCUGAGUUUGGAAGAGAUCGAAAGGGAGAUGAUGACCACUACUCCGAUGCCCCCAAUGUCUCAGCCUCCGCCUUCACUCCCACCCCAACCUAUCCUACCGCCGCCUUCGCUCCCGGUUCAGUCAUUACUGUCUCCGCCUUCCCGACCGGAUUCGACCCCAACUGUCCCCCUACCUGGCUCAGGCUACGCCUCUGGACACGCCCUACUCGAUAGCAUCUUCCCGCAACUCGGCGCUACACCUCGCCCGGAUUUACCUCCCGCCCAUCUUGGUCCCGCUUCUGAACCACCACUUCCUCCCCAGCCCUCACCGGAAGAGCUGGCAAGACUAGACGCUUUGCGCAAACGCGUCGCAGCGAAGAUAGAGUCUAUGUCACGAUACAAUCACACCAUGGGUUCAUCCGACAAAGACUACAUCACUCGUAUGCAGCUGUCGCAGCUGGUCACCGACGAUCCUUACACGUCAGAUUUCUACGCCCAGGUUUUUUCGGCGAUCAAAAGGAGUCGGUUGGCUGCUGAACAGGCGGAUGAGAAGACGGCUGUCGUACAGAUUGCACCUGGUGCAGCUCUCAGUGUCAGUGCACCUACUGAAAGCCGAUUUGGCAAAAUGGGUAGCAAAACGAUGCAACGGUUAUCCACUCAAGUCAAACGUCUGGUAGACAGUCGUGCUGCUCACAAGAAAACCAUGGAUUCUGCAACUCUGAAAGGAGCACUUGGACGUGUGAGCCGAAGUGGUAUCGCUGCACCUCGACCCGUCCUCGCCGUGCCUGUCGGUAGUAAACCUGAACAUCGACCGACCAGCGCUCUCAACCAGACAUCUGGAGUGCAUCGUCCAGCUCUUACACGCAAACAGGUCAUGUACGCUUUGGAAGAAAUGUACGACCUCGUGCUGGAGUUGGAGCAGCUUCGACGUACUCAGCCAUCACCUGAGUCGGAUGAAAUGAAAGCAUGGGAUGAGGAGUGUCAGUUAAAGGUGGAAGAGAUUUGGCGGCGGUUGAUGGUGAUGGAGCCAUUGGACGUUAGCACACCGCACCCUUUCAUCUCUCUACUCAAUGCUGUCAAGGGACAACGUCUCAUGCCUCGUGUCCUACGCCACCUCCCUCAUUCUCAAGCUCUCACAUUACUCACCCUACUUAUCGCUACCUACCCUCAACUCGAUGUCAUCGCUCAUGCCCCUCCGCCUCCAGUGGCGGACGCAUCUCUGCUCAAUAAGAUGGACAGGGUCGAGCGUGCUCGUAGGGAAGCAGAGACGGAUUGCUUUUUGCAAUGCGUGGUGCCGGGUAUGGACAUGUUGAUCAGCACUUGCAAUCUGGGUCUUGUGGCGGGGUUACUCAACAUAUGUACGCAGAAGAUGCCAAAUUUGAAGCAGGUAGCGUCGACUAGACCCGGUGUAGCCCUUUUCACGGCUCUUCUCUCCCGAGCUCAAAGUCUGAUCCGUGUUUCCCCAGCUGAUCCGAACAACCCUCAGCCAAUCCCUGGACCAGAUCCCGCAGAAGUGGAUCACUGGCAGCGAACCUUUGCUUAUUUCCUCCAUCUCAUACUUCCUCAUCUACCCGAAUUGUUCCCCGCUUCAGUAGCGCAAAAGGCGGCGUUCGGACCUGGAGCUUAUCUUCUCGGAGGGGAAGGAGUGGGUGAAAAGGAGAGUUUAGAGAUGGAAAGACGAGAAGCGGAAGUAUGGGGUUUAGCAGCUGCAUUAGCUGUCAAUGCACCAGAGGAAGAACAAACGAAUCUCGUAGCUGCGUUAAGAGACAAGAUUUUACAUACUGUUCAAGGAGCAAGGAAUCCCGUGACUCCUCCUUUUAAAGCUGAAAUGAGGUUGCGUAAUGUUAACAUGUUCUUACAUGGUCUUGGAUUAGAUGCUUCGAUGAUUGAAUGAUAGGGUACUUUCUAGAGGUGAUCUACACCUCUGUGAAUGCUACCCGAAGCAUUAGUCUAAUUCAUAUAUAUCAGUCAUUAUCAGAUACCCAUCUCAAUGAUCAUAGUAUGCAUGCAUCUCAUACAUUGUCC